AUGGACGACGCGGCGAAAGAGGCACAGCACGUGUUCGAAAACAAGCAUAGCGUCUUGCAGGGCGAAGUGCAUGGUGACGCAGCGUUAUACACGCACGACACAACAGCAUAUCAAGCGCUUCUUCGUGCAGCACCAUGGCGACGAGAUCGCCAGUAUUUCCGACGUGUGCGCGUAUCAGUGAUAGCACUACUGAAGAUGCUCCUGCACGCGCGAUCUGGCGGCGAACUAGAAGUGAUGGGUCUGAUGCAAGGGCAUGUACGCGGAGAUACGGUGUACGUGAUAGAUGUGUUUGCGUUACCAGUGCACGGGACUGAGACACGCGUAAAUGCACAGAACGAGGCCUACGAAUAUAUGGUGAUGCACCUUGAGGCAAGUCAACGAGUGCAUCGACUAGAAAAUGCCAUUGGCUGGUACCACUCGCAUCCCGGGUAUGGAUGCUGGCUGUCAGGAAUUGAUGUCCAAACGCAACAGACAAACCAGCAACAGGAUCCGUUUAUUGCUGUGGUGAUCGACCCUUUACGGACCAUGUCAAGUGGACAUAUCGAUCUGGGCGCGUUUCGCACCUGGCCACAGGACCAAGAGGCCGACGAUACGCAGCCAAUGCGGCAGCACAUACCAGCUAGUAAGAUGGCCGAGUACGGUGCUCAUGCAUCCAAAUACUACGCACUGGACGUGCAGUAUUUCAAGAAUGCUGCAGACCGUCCCCUGUAUGACCAGCUCUGGCACAAAUAUUGGGCACAGGCACUGUGCGUGGGUACAUCGACAUCGAUGUCGAUGCCGGCACAUACUCAGCAGGCAGAGCCAUCGCGGCAACCACAGAUUCCACCAAGUCUCGAAUUGCAGCGUAUUCACGAACUGCGCGAGCAAAUGCAAGACACUGUGGCAUCGAUCCGCAGCACGAAUCUCUUGCCAGGCGGCGUAUCUUAUGCGCAAACGGCAAGAACAGUGCCAAGAAGUGCCGACGUUGACUUACAUGCGCUGGCACAGCAGCUGGAGAAGCGCGCGAAUGAGCAGCCACUAGGCCGCGUCGCACAUCAAGCCGCUGCAAUGGCAUCAAGUGCGCAUCAUGCACUUGAACAGGAGCGUCGUAGGGCCAUGCUGUUUGGGUAA